CACUAACAAUCAUGAAGAUAGGUAUCACCAACUUAUUUAAAUAGCCCCUCUCAUUUAUUUAAUUCUUUAAGGAAGUACUUUGGUGAUUUAUGGGAUCCUCAAUCCUUCAUUCUUUGAUUUUUCAACUGUUUCUUUUUAUUACUUUGCUAUUGUUGUGAUAUUGUCAAUGGGAUUUUAUGCUAAGACUUCCUUCAAAGAUGUAACAAACAAUUUAAUGAAUAGCCUGGCUAUCUUAUCAUUAGGAGUCCUAGCAAUACUGAAUGUUCAAAUUAAAUAACAUAAAAACGCAAAAUUUUUUAAUUUUAAGCCAUCCCUUCCAAUGCUCGAACCUACCCCAUAAUUGAAUAAUAAAACGUAGUCCAAGAGUAAAAAUCUGAAAAUGAACAGUAGCUAUUGUUAAUAUUUGUAGAGAAUUACCCUGUGAAGCCUCAAUAGAUGUGAAUCAAUUACCAGAAUUUGAUAUUAAUUAAAUUCCAUCAUUCACCAAGACUCCAGACAAGUACCCAUCUCCUGUCAAAGGAUAAAAAACAUUUCAAGAUUUCGACUCCAAAUAACCAUCCACUCAAGCAUUUUCGAUCACCAGUCAAAAUGAACAUGAAAUUAUUGUUCCUAACACUAAUAUGGAUGAAUAAAAGGAUGGAGAUGUAUAGAGGUCUGAAGGCAAAAAAGCAUCGCAAAAGGGUAAGAGUGAAGAGAAAAGAAAGAACAACAAGAUUGAACCCCAACUCUCGAUUUAAGUGCAUUCUGUUUAGAAUGAAUACAUAAGCGAAUAGUACUCCCCAGGAAUGUCAGAGAGGAACAAAAUCACUCAAUCAACUAGAGCAGUGAAUAAGGUCUUCAUAGAGAAAAGGUUUAACAUUCUUGAAUACAUUAGAUAUUGUCCAAUAUGCUCAAUUGAUCAAUUAGCAAGAGCCAAACAUUGUCAGUCAUGCAACAAAUGCGUAGCUUGUUAUGACCAUCAUUGUCCUUGGGCUGGCAAUUGCAUUGGAGAAAGAAAUAGAUGUGUCUAUUAUUGGUUCUUAGUUUUUUAAAUUCAAGAAAUCUACUAUGCCUUUAUUAGCGUAUUAAAUUACAAUAAACUAGUUUUUAGACAUUGCAAAAUCUAGAAUUCGAUCAUUACAACCCUCUCUUAAAAUUUUUUUCAAUUUACUUUCUUACAAAUACCAUUUUUUUCGGUUUCCUAGUAACAAGAUUGCUCUGCUUUCAAACAUUUCUUUCAUUUCAAAACCUAACUACUUGUAAUAUUUACUAUUUAAAAAUAGGGGAAUUUUAUAGCUGGAACAAGAUCUCCUAUUUAUAAGAAUUGCAAAGAAAAAAUGGAUCUCCCUUUAGUUAAGGAUGGAAAAGAAAUCUAUAAAACUAUUGUAGAUUCAAUAUACCAUAACUCACAAUUUGGGAAUACAAUCCAGAAAGAGUUUAUAAAUGA